AUGGCACCAGCCAGAAUUCUGUUACGGCGAGGCAGCCUAUGCUGCUGCAGCAGUGCCGCGAGGCGUGAUGUCUUCUCUAUGCGGACCCAUUCCACUCUGGAGCUGUCCGAAGCAAAGAAGCAAGGCGAAGAGAACAGAGCCUGGGCCAAGACGCCGGGCGCGCGACAGGUCCUUGAUCAACCACCGUUCGAAGGGGAGGACGGUGAUGUAGGUGUAGCUCGAGCUUCGACGUGCACGCUGGAAUCUCUCGAGGGUUAUCUUCAGGCUCGUCGAUGGCCAUACCGCGGAGAACCUGCUCGGCGAUUCCUCUCGCACAUCCUCACCUACCCUCUCACGCUGGCGGCCGGUUUGCGGGAAGCCCAGACAAGGAAGGAGCCCGAGCAUACCAACAAGCUCGCCGUUGUCUGCUUGGGCGCCCGGGCCGAGAGCACGAUGCCCCCGGCUUACUGGCGGGAGGCACUCUUCGCCCUCCCGGACGUCUCUCGUCUUUCCCUUCAUCUCAUCGGCCCGGAGCUAGGCCUUCCACCUGGCGUUGUUGCGGCAGCGCGACCGGGGACAGCGGCCUGGGACGGAGCGGGCACGAUUAGCCCUAUCUCGACUGCUGUUGUCUCUGUAGGUGCAAGGACGGCCGAUAUUGCGUGGACUCGAGCCAUGGUGGGUCCAAGCGCCGGCGGGUGCGUCGCGGGAGCAGAACAACAGCCAGAGGUGGCGGCGGGUUCAGCUGUGGGCUCCGGGAGAGGCGCUGCCACAGAAGCGGGGGCGGCGGAGGCAGUAGGAGCUGCAGAGGAAGCCGUACAAGCGGCCGACGCGUUCAUUCUGUUCAACCCAGGCCUUGGGCACCCGCACCUCCGGCAAGGUUGGGAUGGGGCGCUGAAACGCCUUCUCGCCACCGGAAAACCGAUAGUCGUUUCGUGUCACAGCCCGAAGGACCUGGAUAGAGACACGCGUCUGCUGCGCGAGGCGGGGGCGAAGCCGUGCUGCCCCCCCAGCGCCGCAAACGCCUCGGCGGGGGAAGGGUACGGCAACCGGGGGAACGGUUUGGGUGCGAAAGAAAACCCGUUCCGUAGCUUGAUGGCGUCGGAGGACCCGCUGUCGGUGCCAGGGGAUGAAGAUCUCGUGUGGUGCAACUGGGGGAUGAUGGUCGUACGAGGGGCAGGGGACGCAAGAAGAACGGGCAGGGUAGCCUUGUAGCGGUAUCGUCAGCUCUCUUGCCCCCAAAGAAAGCAAGUUGCCCAACCACCCGAGGGUAGGACCAAAGGUGGGCUUGGCGGUUUGGCGAGACGAAGAAGAGGCUUUCACGUGGCAGACAGGUUCGGGGGAAAGCAAACCUUCCGUAGCGCCGGAAGGGUUUCAUGAUGAACAUGCAACGUGGCAGAAGAGUCGACCUCGGCUCCUCCAAAGACAAGGCGACACUCGUCAUUGAGAGGGAGGAGGAGGUCCCGUAUCUUUCUAAGCCAACAAAAUAUGCUGUGAAAAUCGCGGUAACGAUUUUUUCGCUUUGUAUUCUAAUGUUUUGUUUCACUUUUCCAUUGCAAUGCUGACUGUGUCCGUAUCCAAAAAGUAACCGAGCUGCCGAUGUGUUGUACACUCACACUUGUAUCUUGCUGUAGCACUCGUCCUUCUUGCAGGCGCACCUGCUAUCGCACGAGAAAACAUCUACCCGAACGCCUCGAGCAGCGAACAAUUCGGCAUCACCUAUUGACCCGGCGGACCGUGCACGACAAAUGCUCUUGCUGGUCUCUACAU